GUGAGGCAGGUUCAUCGUUCUUCGCCGUCCGCGCGCGCGUCCGUCCCAUGGACUUGUGCUUGCCCGGCGUCCGAUGGCUGACGACAGCUGUGUUCUACCCCCUCGAAUCCUUCGCCUCGCAACUGACCCACCCAGUAACCGACGCACGUCCAUCCCGAGAGUCACACUCUGCACCGGCGAGACAUCCUAUCAAGACAACCACAACCACGUCGGCAGGUCCAGGAACUCCAGCAGCUCAGAAAGAAACUUGUCCGAACAAUGGCAUCAAUCGUCGUCGAGCGCGUCGUCGAGGUUGAGAACUGACGAAAGCUCGUCCCAGGCCAGUCCUCGUGUCGUGGUUGUGCCGGCUCUCUGCACAAGCAUCGUGGACCCGCUGGGACCUGACCUGCCGCCCUUAUUUUUCCCGUCCAUAGCCAUUGAAGAGACCGGGACCACAGGUUUCCUCUGUCCUGGGCAGGCGAUGACGACGAGGAGCUGCCGAACUCUGGCGGUCCUCCUGAGGCUACGGGUCAGUCAAAUUGUCCUCGGGAUUGUGACCCUUGUCCUGGGGGCUUCCGCGUGCCUCGACCCCAAGGCCCGGGAGACACUGGCCUUUGGGGUUCCUGCCGGUUCCCUGACCCUUCUAGCUGCAACUGGACAUGUGCGUUCCGUGCGCAGAGAAGGACCCUCGGGACUCCAGCAGAGAUCUUGUCCACAUCUGGGCGUCCUGUGCAUUGCAGUGGUGGCAGCCAUAGCGAAUGUGUUACUUUUGGUCUUGUCUCUGUUGUCCGCCGGCGCCGGUUCGCAGAAUCAAAGAUCCCUUGGAGUUCUCCUAACUUGUGCUACGCUUCCUGUGUUGCUUGUGGAAGCGGCUGCUUCGCUCGUGCGGUGGGCUUGGGCGAGACACAAGUGGACAGCGUGA